AAAUUCGACUUGAAGAAGACUAUGAAAAACAAUCGAGGAAACGUGUUUCUUGAUCCAUGUUUCUGAGGAAAUUGACGUAUUUAUCGUCAAAAUUGAUUUCGAAAAGGUCACCAAAUUUCCAGAAUAUCCGUCGACAAUAUCGUCUCACAAUGGCUUCAAAUCGGAGACCAGAACAUACAGCUCCUCCGGAAAUAUUUUAUAAUGAUGAUGAGGCAAGGAAAUACACAUCCAAUACCAGAAUGAUAGAGAUUCAGAUGACCAUGUCUGAGAGAGCAAUAGAACUCUUGGCUCUUCCUGAAGACACACCAUCCUUUAUUUUGGAUAUUGGAUGCGGUUCCGGUUUAAGUGGUGAGGCCCUGACAGAGCAGGGUCACCACUGGGUUGGUAUGGACAUCAGUUCAAGCAUGUUAGAUAUAGCCAUAGAGAGGGAGGUUGAUGGUGAUGUCUGCUUGGCUGAUAUGGGUCAGGGUAUGUUCUUCAAACCAGGAACAUUUGAUGGUGCAAUCAGUAUAUCAGCUCUUCAGUGGCUUUGUAAUGCAGACAAGAAAUCACAUCAUCCACCCAAGAGGUUAUACAAGUUUUUCUGUACCCUCUAUGGAGCACUGAGGAGAGGUAGCAAAGCAGUCUUCCAAUUUUACCCCGAGAACCCCAGUCAGCUGGAACUGAUCACAUCGCAGGCAAUGAGGGCGGGCUUCACAGGAGGACUGGUCGUAGAUUUUCCCAACAGCACAAGAGCAAAGAAAAUGUUUUUAUGUUUGUUUGCUGGAGUUUCAAAUCCAACGCUACCCAAGGCUCUUGGUACUGGUAACCAGAGAGGUGUAGCUACACAGGCUUCCUUCACAGAUUCCAGGAUGAGAUAUAGAAACAUGAAGGGAAAGAGCGUGAAGAAGAGCAGAGAGUGGAUCAAGGAGAAGAAAGAAAGAAGGAGAAGACAAGGAAAAGGGGAGGUGAGACCAGACUCCAAGUACACAGGAAGGAAACGAUCGGGGAAGGCCUUCUGAGGUUGCCGAUUUGAGGAGCUAACCCUUUCACUGCCGCGAGCAAAAACAGCAUGCAUAUAAAGACGUUGCUAUCAAUCGUGACGUGUGGUCUUAAUAAGGGUAAACUAGAGGCAGAUAUUUUGUGGAUAUUCUUUGGAGAUACUUUCCUGCUGGUUAGAGUUAACCUUUGAACUUCAUAGUCAGAAAGAGCAUACAUAAAGUCAAUACCCAUUUUGGCUUUUGAUAACGAUGGGGUAUUGAGAGGACGUGUGUUUGCAGCAUCUUCCUGUAGUCUAUGAUGCGUUAUACACAGAGGAGAAGGUUGUUUGGUUGCUGAAUCAUGAAGUUGUUUCCUGGAGGAUUUCCCGAUGACACAGCCUGAAGUGGAUUAUCCAGUGAAAACAAGCAGUCGUUGUGACAAACAAUUCACUCCCUCUGUGUAGUAUAGUAAUAAUAUGUCCUGGAUUUAUGUCAUAAAUGCAAAAAGUUGAUAUGGAGAAAUUAAAUACAAGAUGGUAUUCCUUCUUGAAGUGUUUCCUGUAUUAUUUUAAUGGAAAAAUUGCCCAAUUUAACCAGCUGUACUCCCCAUUAGUAUAGUGUAGGGUACUUUAUCAUCAUGUUAUUAUCUGGCCUGUAGUACAUGCCAGAAAAGUCAUAUUAUUGGGUAGAGCCCACACAUUAUCACACCAAAAUCAAAGCUAAAGGUUGUAGUAUUUGAUAAUGCACGGUUCAAGAUUUUGCACUCAAGAGGGUUACAAUCCCAUAAAUUAUUCUUCUUAAAGGAGAGAUUUUAAGGAGAGAUUUUAAAUAGCUCUAUACCACAUUAACUCACUCUCUAAAAAAAUAAUCUAAUGCUCAUUUAUUUGCAUCUUGUAAUAAUGAUGAAACAUUUGGCACAAGAGUAUUUUUUUUAUGUAUUCCCCUGGGACUGCAGUUUUGCAAAGGAGAUGUCAUACAAUGAUCGUAGAAAUGGAACUUUGUAGACCUGACACCCAUUUUUGACUGAUUUUUUAUUUUUUCUCUUGAAUUACAUGAAGCAUCAUCUCUGCUCUUUAUAUGUUAUAUAGGAAAAUCUGGUCCUUUUUAUGAUUGCAAGUCUUGUGACUUAUGAAGAUACCAUAUAUUAAAUAUGUCUCUUUAACCGACCAUUACAUUUAGUAUUUUAGAUUAUUUACCAAGGUCAUGGUAAUCAUGUAGCACAAUAAAAGAGAAAAACAAAUAUAUUAAUCAUCUAUUUGUUGUAAAAAAAAAA